UGCUGAAACAGUUGAUAUAAGAAAAAUUUAACCUAAACAUCAGUUAAAAGCAUACUCAAAAAAUGAUGACUUCUGAUGUAAUAUGAUGUUAGAAAAACACUGAACUUACAUACCUAUGUUGUAUUAUGGUACUAUACAAGAUAGUAAAGUUACGUCGCACUUUGUACAUUUUAAAAUGUUUAUUAGAGAGUUCAAACAAAUAUGCAGGAUAUGACCUACCUUAUCAUCGCUUAAAUUUUUCUAGCUUUUUUCUUUAAAUUGUCGUACAAAUCAUGUAAUUGCUUUUCAGUCCUAAUUCCCGUUUCGGUGAGAGCAUUAUAUAUGUUUGUAAGCGCCACCUAAGCUUGCUUCUUAGCCUGUACAGUUGUCCCGUUCGUGUUUUAUUAUCAAUUGUAGCCACAAAUUCUUUGGUUACUUCAAUAAGUUGCAUCUUCAAUCAAGUUUUCCAGAUUCCAUAAUGUUUUGGAUAAUGCAAAAACGAUAGUAAAUACCACUAAACUUAAAAUCGGAAAGUUAUGAAAAUUAAAAAUAAAACAACAUUCGAAAUAAAAGCAAUGAGUUUGAUGUUUUCUUUUUUAACAAUUUGACAAUACAAUGAUGUCAUUCAUAGAGUCUGUGAUGAAUAUGGAAUUAUCAUAAAUUAUUACUAAAACAGUGCAUAUCUUCUUCUUUAGCCUCAAAAAAUAUAUUUUAUAAAAAAUAUAGUAUAAAUGAAGAAUUGAAAUUAUGGAAUUUGUUAAUGGUUUCAUAGUUGUUGAACGAUUCGUUGCCUAUUCCGAAAGGCAGUGAGAGUUAACCGACGUUUAUCCUAUACAUAACUUUAUUGAAUCAAUAGCUAAUGGGAAUAUAACUGGGAACUUCAGAAACCGGGCAUAAGCCAUCCGAAAUUCCAAACGUAUGCACGUUAAUUUCUUUCCUCGAACGGAAAAUUUCCGCUGACGAAAUAAUUAUUUCCACUAUUUUAAACGUACAUUCCGCUAAGAAUCCAUCGGCGAAUGUGGGUAGUUCAGGAAAAUUCUCGGGUCGUAGCAACAACGCAAGCGAGGGUACGGUGCCUACGGAUUGACGCUCCUUGAUUACUAACCUUAAUGUACGCAUAGAGCAGUCUCGAUCUAAAAAUAAUGGUAAUAAGGUUAGAACUUGUUUAUAUUGCAACGGUCAACAUAUAUUAACUAAAUGUUCAAAGUUUCAGUCACACGACGUUCAGAAUUGUAAAUCAAAUUUCGAUUGCCGUUCGUGUUAUAAACGACAUCAUACAUCAAUUCAUUUUUCAACGCAAUUGUUAUUGGUUAUUAGCGAAACGGCGGCGGCUGAUAGUGCUAUACAAAUCCCUCUUACGGAAGAACGAAGAAGUAUUGUCGGCUGAGUCACCUCUUACCUGCCAACAGCAGCGCGGUGCAUAAUAAUUACGCGCCCAAUGCGCCUUUAGUUCGCAUGAAUACAGUCCUAUUAUCUACGGCGCUCGUUGAUAUUUGCGUAGGUGAGUCAAUGGUAUCAACCGUUCGAUGUAUUGUAUAUACGAGUCUCCGCACGGUCACAUUCGGUGUAAAUUCCUCACCAUAUCUCGCUUUGCGUACAAUUCAGUAGCUCACUUACUAAGAGAGGAGGAGUCUAAAACUCUCGCUCUGCAACAAGAGCUUAUCGGCAUUUGUAAGACGGCUGGAUUCCCACUACACAAAUGGCACAGCAACUCACCGGCGAUACUCGCUAUAGAAAAGCAACCAGCUCGUCAUGGCGAGCGGCCCGAAAACGUCCCAUUUUCUGAAAUGGAGAACGACAAAAGAGUUAAGGUCCUCGGACUCCAAUAGAAACCAGGAUCUGAUACAUUUAAUUUUAAAGUUCAAGUUACCACUCAUAAAUGCACAAAGAGCGUUAUUCGUUCUGAGAUCGCGAAAAUAUAUGACCCUUUCGGAUUGAUAUCAAUGGUAACCUUGUAUGCCAAGCAUUUAAUCCAACUACUGUGGAUGGCAAAUGUAGAUUGGGAUGAUAAUCCGCCCAUUGAUAUCAUUAAUUCGUGGACACAUUUUAUAAACGAGCUAACCCUGCCUAUCACAGGUAUCGUUUCCGCGAUACAUUUUCAGUAAUAAUAUCGAUUCGGUAGAAAUUCAUGGAUUUCCUAACACGUCCUAGAUAGCAUAUGCUGGCUGUGUCUAUAUUCCACUUAGAGGCAAGGACGGCAAUAUUUAUACUAACCUGAUUAUGGUGAAAACUAGGGUAGCUGCACCCCGCGUACCCCUUACCAUCCCAUGUCUCGAGUUUUCAAAGCUUUUAGAUAAGGUAGCAAAUUUAUAUAGAGAUCUCGUCUGCCGCGAACAGAUUUGUGCAUAGUCCAACGCCUCCAUCGUACUGGCCUGGCUCCGAUCAUCACCGCAUGAAUUGAAGACGUUUGUUUCUAGUCGCUCUAGCGAUAUUCUAUGCCGCGUUUCCGCCGGCUGCUGGCACCAUGCCCCGUCAGCUGAUAAUCCUGCUGACGCUGCAUCACGUGGCUUGCUACGUACCGCGAUAGUACAACGACUUGUGACACCAUGGUCCCGCAUGGCUCUGACGAAGUACCAAAUACUGGCCUGUUGAGAAUCAAACUAUGAGCACCUUCUGGUAUCUCUACGACACCGCUGGGACAAAAUGCCUAAAUUAUAAUGCGAAUUUCAUCGCUAGGCAAAAUCGUUCGUAUUACCGCACUAAUAUUCCGCUUUUAUAAUUUUUUUUUACGUAAAACGUCUCUCCUUCAUACUCAAAAUUUCCCACUCCAGCAAUCAAGUUUGCGAGAGGGGAGAACGUAACGGCCAUAGCCUUAAGGACGUCACGCUGUUCAAUAUCCAGCCGGGGGCGGUAAAACAAUCCAGCAUCAAUGCCGAGGGUGUUAACCUGGGCCGCUUUUCCGCACAGAAGCCGAUACUCGAACUGGGCUAACGAUACACGGUAGAACGCAUAUGGCGAACACUCCGGUAUACGGUCUGGUCUACGCCCGUAUAGUUCGUACACUUUCUUGAAAAGCCAUUGUACGUAGAAACCCACUGCCCUUGUGGUGACGGGGACGAUUGCGGCUGUCUUCUGAAUUGAAAAAUCUACUUGCUUCUCUGCAGUCAUCGAAUCUCCAAAUCCAAAAUAAAGUGCUUUAUUUAUCUUAUCCUCUAUUUCGGCUAAUGCUUGCUUUGACUUCGGGUUAUUCUCCCUGAAGGCAUCUUGACGUGCGGCAUCGCGCUUACGUUGGCUAGGCGGGCGGUUGCGUCGUGGCUUCGGCGGUUGCUGGGGUGCCCGGAUAUCGUCUUCAUCGACGGGCUCGCGCCAGUUCCGGUUGGGUUGGCGUUGGUUGGGGGGAGGUGGACGGCGGCUUCCGCGGUCGUUACUCCGUUGCGCUGUUGGAUAUUGUCUUGCUGUGACAUCGUACGUCAACGCAUACAUCGCUGCUUUCGUGCUCGCCCAACGCGUGAUCAACCGCGAAUGGGACCACUACCAGCUUCGAGAAUACGUCCGGCGCGUCCUUUCCUUAAAAGGGCCGUAGAUUAUACCGGCCCAUUUUUUGUUCGUGCAAAUAAGGGCGCCUAUGCAUUGAGCGACCAGGCCGCGGCGGCCACGUUUGCGGCUUGGUCGCCCAGUGCGUAUCCAGCCGCGAUAUGUCGAGCGGCCAAAACUUGCAGUCGACUUCCAAGGGUGUGGCAAGAUGGACGUGCAAAAGAUAUUAACUGUGCUUGUGUAUUUACUACGAAAACGCAAACGGAAGAUUUCACGUGAAAAACAGUUUUGGGUGCAUCCGUUACUACGCGAAAGAAAUACUAAAGGGUUAUAUUAUACUUGUUUCUUGGAUUUAAAAAAAAUAUGAAAAGAUUUAUUUUAAUUACAUGACAAUGUCAAUGAGUACUUUUAAUCUGUUACUGGAUAUAUAAUUAUACCAAAAAUUACUGGCACUGGUAACAACUUUCGAAAAUGCAUUACAGGAGAAGAAAAAUUUGUUAUAACAAUAAGGUAAGUUAUGGUAUUUGUUUAAUACAGGGCUUAAAAAAAUAACUUGUAAUAUUUAAUCGAGUCUUGUGUACAGUAAAUAAAAAAAAUAGGUUCUUUU